AGAAAAUAAAAAAGUUGAUAAGAGAAGGGGAACUAUUUAUGUUGUCUAUUUGCCGGCCAAUAUAUAGAGGAAUUUAACUUUUAAUAAAUAUAAAUUAAAGCAAACCUGAUUAAAAGCUUACAGUUUGGGCCGCAGCACGCAAUAGAAAGCAUAAAAUAUACUGAACAACUGUUUAACACGGAAGAAAAUGAAAGACACAAAGAAUUUCCCCCCACUAAAAAAUGAUAAUCUCCUCCGCGCGGCGAGGGGUGAACCCGUUGAUCGUGUGCCCGUCUGGGUGAUGCGUCAAGCAGGGCGUUAUCUACCUGAGUUCCAAGAGGUGCGCAAGCAUCAUGAUUUCUUUACCGUUUGCCGUACCCCCGAAUUGGCCUGUGAGGUAACAAUGCAGCCACUGCGGCGCUUCGAUUUGGAUGCGUCUAUCAUAUUUUGCGAUAUUUUGGUUAUACCUCAAGCUCUAGGCAUGAUAGUGGAAAUGCAUGCGGGUGUGGGACCAGUGUUUCCUGAGCCAUUACAAACGCCUGCAGACUUAGCUAAGCUCACACCGGAGGGCGCCGUAGGACGGUUGACAUAUGUAGGCGAUGCUAUUACUAUGAUGCGUCAUAUGUUGGAAGGGCGUGUGCCACUUAUUGGUUUCACUGGAGCACCGUGGACUUUGAUGGGAUACAUGAUUGAAGGAGGCGGCAGCAAAACCAUGGCAAAAUCAAAAGCUUGGCUUACGGAUUACCCCGAGGACUCGAAAAUGCUACUAAGCAUGUUAACGAAUGCCAUUGUUGAUUACUUAGAAAUGCAGGUGAAAGCCGGUGCGCAACUACUGCAAAUUUUCGAAUCGUCAGCGGAACAUUUAAGCAAGGAAGAUUUUCUAAAGUGGGCUGUGCCUUACUUAAAAGAUAUUCGCGAUAAGUUAGACGAACGCUUGAAGCAGCAGUCAAUACCAGUAGUACCUAUGACUAUUUUCGCUAAAGGCGCGGGGCAUUCACUAAAGGAACAAGCGACUUUAGGAUAUGAUGUUAUAGGCUUGGACUGGACAGUUGAUCCUGUUGAGGCACGGAAAGAAGUGGGACCUAACAUAACCUUACAAGGGAACUUGGAUCCACAGGAUAUGUACAAGACGCCAGUAGAAAUACGUGCGCUGACUACCGAGAUGGUACGAAAAUUUGGAAAAGAUCGCUAUAUAGCUAAUCUUGGGCAUGGUAUUACUCCCCAAACGCCUAUAAUAAGUAUGGAAACCCUAGUGGACGCUGUACAUAAAGCUAUUUGAAAAUGGGUGCCAACAAUCAAUGGUAUAGCACUGUUUAUUUAAUCUAUAGUGGCUUAUUGUGUUGCAGUAAAUAAAAGUUUUGGUUGUUAGGUUGUUAAACAUUACAA